ACUGAUGCUUUAUGCCCGAGUAUUUGCAGGAAAUCUCGUGCAGUUUAAAACAUACCAACCAAAAGGAUCUGGCACAGCUUAUUCCAUCUCUAAAGAAUGUUGGCAAACAAGUUAUCGCGCUGGCGCCGAAAAUGCGUCAGCAUCCUGCUAAUGAAGCGAAGAUGAAUACACAAGCUACUGUAGAUUCAAAAGUAGAAACUGGAGGCUGGAUGCCAGUAAAAAGAGAGAGAGUCACUUUUUCAGAUAGAAUAUCUGAGAAGGUGCGAAAGCAAAAACAACCACACGUGGAGAAGGUUAUUAGGGGAGGAAGAGACUACGCAAUCGUCAUUGAAUCUGAUGAGGAGACUGAUGGAAGUUUUUCCUGCUUGGGCGAAGUAAAUGCAGACUUGUUCGGAAAUUUGACAAAGGAAGAAGAGGAAGAAACAGAGCGAAUUUUGAGGAAUGCAAGGAGGCGCAAGAGGAAGCAUCGUAAUUCUAUGAUAACCAUCUUUGAAGGGGCAAUUUGAUACUUUUGGAUGCAGGAAAAUGUUUUUCGUUCUCUCUUUUGGGAUUAUAUUGUCUUAAGUUUCUUUAUUGGAUUUGCUUACCUAUAUCAAUUUUGUAUAGUGUAUUUCCCUUUGAAAGAAAGUUGUGAAGUCUUCCUAUUUUGAUUGAAAGACAUUCUAAUUUAACGAAUGCUUUUCUAGGUUUAUAAUAUUUUAUUUUGUUGUUCCUUGUAGUUUUAUUAUGUUGUUUUGAGCAAGCCAAAUAAAUUAUGGUAAUAAUUAUGAGAAAAAAAAUGAAGACACUGUCAAAAUUCUUUGAUAACCAUAGGGGUCUAACAUAUCAGCAUAGAUGAGAGUUGUGUUAUGGUGGGAGCAGAUAUAGUGAUCGCAGGUCGAAGCUUUGUGGUUGUCUGGUGGCUUAUGCUUAGAGUGAGAUGAGAGCUGUGUAGUGAGUGGUUGGGUGGAGCUAUGUCGCGAAUGAGAAAUGAGAUUCAUAAGAGAGAUGAGCGAGAAUGUGUAACUGUGGACAAUGGAUGCAAAAUUGUAAACUCAAAUGUGCCAAACAAUUUUUUUUACAUAAAUGUAGUCGGACUUUCUUGCCCAUAGCUUAUGAAACUAAACUUAUUAGAAGAUAAGGGUGAGUUAGUUCCAUCAUCCUCGCAUGAGCCUGCACUGGUACAACUAUCCAGCCAUAGGCCAGUGCCAGGUCGGCCAGCCAGUCAUGAGCUUGCAUAUGCCAGCCAGCUUCCUAUCAGUGAAUCUAGGAUACAAGCCUCCAUCAGCCUACAAACAGUGGUCCUAUAUAUGAGUUUGCUAAUCCCCAGCUUGUCAGCCAACACCCUCUUUGCCAGCCUCGUAUCAGUCAGUCAGCGCCAACCUCGAGCCAGUCAGCCAGUCAUCUACCACCAGACCAUGCCAGCCAAUCAUCUGCCACCAGACCAUGCCAGCCAGUCACCUGCCACCAGACCCUCAUCCUACCUAGUCACUCAACCUCCCAAUGCAAUUAGUCUAAGGCAGUUAACUUGUCGCAGUUAGUUAUCUACUAGUUAUUGGUUGUAAUUGUUUUAUUUCUCAGUUAAUAACCAAUUCUAUCUUAUCACUAUAUAAGCUUG